UCAGUCAGUCAACAGCUGGAAAGUAUAGGAACAGCAUCGUUCUCCAAAAAUUAAAAAAAAAAUUACACAAUAAAUAUAAAAAGUAAAAAAACAUAGUAAAACUCUCAGAAACAAAGGGACGAUGUCGAGCGUAAUUAAGAAGGUGAUUCCCAUGCUGGAUCGCAUUCUAAUCCAACGUUUCGAGGUGAAGACCACUACCGCGGGCGGCAUCCUGCUGCCCGAGGAGUCGGUGCCCAAGGAGAUGCAGGGCUUGGUGGUAGCCGUUGGACCCGGAGCUCGCAAUCCUGCUGGUGCUGGACACUUGUCCGUUGGCGUCAAGGAGGGCGAUCGCGUAUUGCUGCCCAAAUACGGUGGCACCAAGGUCGAUAUGGACGACAAGCGCGAGUAUGUCCUGUUCCGCGAGAGCGACAUCCUUGCCAAACUGGAAUAGAUAUGACAUAGGAUAGAUGGCUGCAACACUUCCUCAAACACCAAAACAAACACGAUUAUCUAUGCUGCAAACUCUACGAUCCCACCACUUAUCCCCGGUCUAGACUUGCAUUUUGCUUCCGGAUUGCGUUCGAAACUAAAUGAUUAUAAUGAAAUGUUAUAUUUGGUAGCUUACCAAUGCACACACUUCGCACACUUCAUCAGACUGUGAAACAUGUCGCGCCUGCUCUUAUUGCGACCCCGCACACUACCAACUCGUGUAAGGACAGGCCAAAUAAACCACGUGUUCAGGUGCGUUUUGCGUAUUA